GUACACCUGGUAUUAAAGUUCUCAUGCCUGCACUUUCUCCUACAAUGGAAGAAGGCAACAUUGUGAAAUGGUUAAAAAAGGAAGGUGAACCAGUGAGUGCUGGAGAUGCCUUGUGUGAAAUUGAAACAGACAAAGCAGUGAUAACCAUGGAAUCAAGUGAUGAUGGCAUACUGGCCAAAAUACUGGUGGAAGAAGGAAGGAAAAAUAUACGUUUGGGCUCACUAAUAGCUCUGCUGGUGGAGGAAGGACAGGACUGGAAGCAAGUUGAGAUACCAGCUGAUGCUAGUGAUCCAUCUCCUGUGUCUCCACCAGCAGCCACGCUGACCUCGGCUCCUCCAGCUCCUUCAGUUUCAGCCCCUCCUAAAGUGGAACAGCAACCUGGAAAACUGCAGAUUCGCUUCAGUCCUGCAGCUCGCCACAUUCUGGAGACACAUGGGCUGGAUCCAAGCACUGUGACCCCCUCUGGGCCUCGAGGGAUCUUCACUAAAGAGGAUGCUCUCAAGCUUCUGCAGCAGAAGGGCAAACCCAGCGAAUUGAAACCUGUGGCUGCUCCAGCUCCAGCCCAGCCUACUGCAGUGCCUUCUGCUUCCCAGGCAACAGCUGUGGCUUCUCCUUAUCCAAGACCAGCAGUUCCACCAGCUUCCACACCAGGACAACCUGCUGCAGUGGGCACCUUCACAGAAAUUCCAGCUAGCAACAUCCGAAGAGUUAUUGCUAAGAGAUUAACAGAGUCUAAAACUACUAUCCCUCAUGCCUAUGCUGCUGCUGACUGUAACAUUGAUGAGAUUUUGAAAUUAAGGAAAGAACUGGCCAAAGAUGACAUUAAAGUCUCUGUAAAUGAUUUUAUUAUCAAGGCAACUGCAGUUACACUGAAGCAAAUGCCAGAUGUGAAUGCAACCUGGGAUGGAGAAGUCUGCAGGCAGCUGCACUCCAUUGACAUUUCUAUUGCUGUGGCAACAGACAGAGGUCUCAUUACCCCAAUCAUAAAAGAUGUGGCUGCCAAGGGAAUAAAGGAAAUUGCUGCCUCUGCAAAGGCUUUAGCAAAGAAAGCAAGAGAUGGAAAACUGUUACCAGAAGAGUACCAGGGAGGAUCCUUUAGUAUCUCCAACCUAGGCAUGUUUGGCAUCAAUGGUUUCACUGCAGUGAUAAACCCUCCUCAGGCCUGCAUCCUGGCUGUGGGCAGAGCAAGGCCAGAGCUCAAGAUUGUGCAAGAUGAAGAAGGGAAUGAGAAACUUAAGCAGCAUCAGCUCAUGACAGUGACUCUUUCCAGUGAUGGUCGGGUGGUAGAUGAUGAACUGGCCUCUAAAUUUCUGGAGACUUUGAAAGCCAACAUAGAGAAUCCCAUGCGACUUGCCUUGUGUUAA